AGCUGCAGUUCGCUCGAUCAGUCGUGUUAGUCGCGCUUAGUGGACAACGGUGAGAGAAGGUGCGUUUGGAGAACCAGGUUUCUAGUUUUGCGUAAGGAGUGUAGACUGAUUAUCGAAGAAGGUGUUCGAAGUUCAAUGGACUUUCACUGCAUCUAGUUGAUUAUUGUGUAUACCUAGUUGGAAGUCGCCAAUCGCGAUAGUUAAUAACAGGACAGUGUAGCAGAAAUAUGCCGGCCCAAGUUGUAAAUAAAGAUCUUCAGAAUGAACGCAACAAGUGUACCUUCAAUCAGGAAGAGUUCACUCUCUGGUGGGUGGGUGGAGAGGAGCAACUGAAAGAGAAGCGAUCGAGAGAAACCUACUUCGAAAGUCAACCGGAGUUUCAGGACAAAGUACCGCUACACUUUGCAUCUCACCAAGAGUUGUACGAGGAAACGAUACGUAAAGCCACGGUAAUCUUCUCCAAAGUUAAGAAACUUCUAACUGAUCAAGGGAAAUACGACGCCAAGAAUUAUGUCCACUUUAUGGAGGCCCUCCUCGGGUCAGGCUUCAUCAAGGAAGGCAAUCCUUUGGGAAUCCACUUUUCGAUGUUCGUUCCGGCCAUAAUGGGUCAUGCCAGCCCAGAACAACAGGAGCAAUACCUUGGGAAGGCGUUGAACUGUGAAAUCAUCGGCUCAUAUGCGCAGACCGAAUUGGGCCAUGGAACGUUCCUGAGAGGGUUGGAAACGACCGCUACUUUUGAUCCGCAAACGGAUGAAUUCGUCAUCAACAGCCCGACGUUGACUUCCUACAAAUGGUGGCCCGGUGCUUUGGCGCAAACCGUCAACCAUUGCGUUGUGAUGGCCCAGCUAUACUCCAAUGGGAAAUGCUAUGGAAUUCACCCGUUCAUGGUACAGGUGAGAGAUUCGGAAACUCACAUGCCAAUGCCGGGCAUUGACAUCGGAGAUAUCGGGGACAAAAUGGGCUACAAGGGCGUGAACAACGGUUAUUUGGGUUUGAAGAACGUCCGUAUUCCACGAAGCAGCAUGAUGAUGAAGAAUGCCAAACUGAUGAGGGAUGGAACCUAUGUGAAACCUAGCUCUUCUGUGUUGGCCUACGGAACGAUGGUGUUCGUUAGGGUGAUCAUCGUUAGAAACAUGGCACAGUCGUUGGCAAAGGCUGCCACUAUAGCUGUACGGUAUUCCAGCGUAAGACGGCAGAGUCAUAUCAAUCCUGAAUUACCGGAAGUGCAGGUCAUCGACCACGUUACUCAACAAGCGAAGCUGUUCCCGCUGGUGGCAAAGGCAAUCGCACUGAAGUUGACAUCGGACAAUCUUUGGCAGAUGUAUGAGCGAACGACAUCGGAUUUGAACUCCGGAAGCCUGGAUCGCCUUCCGGAGUUGCAUGCCAUAGCAUGUUGCUUGAAGGUGGUUUCCACGUCCGACACUGCUACCGGUGUUGAAGUGUGCCGUUUGGCUUGCGGAGGUCAUGGAUACCUAACGUGUGCCAACUUCUUGAACUAUUACAGUUUGGCUUCGGCAGCGUCUACUUACGAAGGCGAGAACACCGUUUUGCUGUUGCAGACUGCAAGAUUUUUAGUCAAAAUGUGGAACCAAGCCGUUCAGGGUAAGCCACUAAUGCCAACGGUAAGCUAUUUGCAGAACUACGUCGGUAAGCAGGUUCAGCAGUUCCCGUGGAGCGACUCGGUGCCGGUGAUAAUUUCCGCAUUCCAAGCGGUUGUGGCUAACAAGCUUCGUCUGGCUUGUCAGCGUAUUGAGCAAAGAAAGAGCAAAGGUUUCACUCCAGAAGAAGCUACCAAUUUCACAGGGUUGGAGCUUACCCAGGUGGCUGAAGUUCAUGGCCGCUGGUUUGUGUUGCAGUCGGCUUAUGAAAUGUUUGAAAAGGCUUGCCAGAAGGCUACUACACCGCUGAUUUCGGUUAUGCAAAAUCUGUGCAAGUUGGUGGUGUAUGAUGAAGCACUGAGGAUCAGAGGAGAUUUGCUGAGGUUCACCACUAUGACCGAAACCGACCUCGUCAAACUGGAGCAAAACUACGAGGCCUGUCUGAUGGUACUUCGUCCGAAUGCCGUCGGAAUAGUAGACGCCUUCGAUUAUCCGGACUUUGUGCUCGGAUCUGCCCUGGGAGCCUACGAUGGCAAUGUGUACGAGCGGCUGUUCGCCGAGGCCAUGAAGAGUCCACUGAAUCAGGAACCGGUCAACAAAACAUUUGAACUUUACCUGAAACCGUUGAUGAAGUCAAGACUGUAAGGAUGUUUCGAGAAACGUUCAACCAAGACUUAAGUAGGUAUCAUAUAAACAGGAAUCAGGGACAAGGGUGCAAUAAUAAUAAAACACAUGGUUAUUCAUUUUAA